CUCGGACCGAAUUAGAGGCUGAUUGUCUCGACCGUGAAGCUGAGCAUUCAAUGGUGAUAGCAUUAUAAUGAAGUUGGAGAGUGAAUCUCCAAUCUUGCCGGUCUCUCAAGCCCUGGGCCUGGGGGACCCAGCCUUGCAUUCUGAGGAAUCGAGUCACCUUGUCAAAAUAGAAUCCGGAUUAAUGUCUGCCUCUGUUUUGCAAGACGGCCAAUCUUCCUCAUCCGCCAGUCCUUCCUCAGUGUCGACGCCAUCACAGACCCAGUCACAGAAUAAUAUUAACGUGCUUGGCAAUGAGACAGAGAGGCAGAGCCUUCUGGACAAUCUGGAUAACUACAUACCUAUCGGAGUACUUAGGAGAGAUAAUGGGUCAGCUCCUGGCGAUGAUGGAUUUCCUGAGACGGAGCUGGCUAGCUUGGAGAAGCAUAAUUGGAUACGAACUACAACGCAUACGUUUAAUGGCGACACUGAUGGAUACUACAUACGGGUUUACGUCCUGCCAGAUGAUUCUGGGCGGAGGUUCGUCCCACGCUCGAGUACUGGCCUCAGGCGAGCGUUGAAGACUGUUAUAUCUAGAGUGGACAGCUCCUCCGACGCUUGGGAAGGGGGGAUAUCGAAAAAUGAGACGAAGCGUCCCGACGGUGCAGAAGAUGAGUCAUUAUGGUACAUCUUCAAUACCUUAGAGGAUCCUAGCCCGGAUGUGGGAUACGUGAGAGAUCAGUAUUCCCGGAGAGCAAUGGAAGAUUUGCUCUCAACUACGGAUCCCUCUGAUGGGCAGCCAUAUGGGUAUUCUCAUGUCAUGGGGCUGAAGACUCCUUUACAUCCGUACCAACGUCGAUCAGCGGCCACCAUGGUGCAACGGGAGGCGCAACCUGCGCAGACCCUGGACCCGAGAUUACAGGCUUACAAAUGCCCUACUGGCGGGGAGUAUUACUACGACAAAGAAGAAGGGUCUAUUGUCCGUGAGAGAAGACUCUACUCGGAGGCCUGUGGAGGUAUUCUUGCAGAAAGUAUGGGUUGUGGCAAGACACUCAUUUGUCUCUCCGUCAUCCUAGCAACCAGAGGACAUGUCCCUCGAAUACCGACUGAGUACCAAGAGACUACAAAUCCAGUUCGCCCAAAGGUCGGCUCUUUAAUGGAGAUGGCGGCUGCUUCUGCUGGCCGUAAUUCACUGCCGUGGAGUGCCCACUUUGACCUCCUGCGGGAGAACGGUGUGUUCUAUGAGCGGUGUGUGAAAGCGUGCGAGGCCAAGCGUGGAGCCUACACGAUACCGGCGCCUACUUCGAAGUAUGGAAAUCGGGGGAGUGCGACUUACACAAGGCCUCCUCCUACACGUCUUACUCUCUGCUCAGGAACCCUGAUUGUGGUGCCUCCUAAUUUAGUGGAUCAUUGGGUACAUGAGAUCGCGACCCAUACCGAGGGAUUGAAAGUCUUGACUAUUCGCACUGGCGCGGACAAAACGCCUCCAGCGGACAAACUCCUGAAUUACGAUAUUAUUCUGUAUUCCAGGACACGUUUUGAGAGGGAGGCUGGCGAGGCAGUCAAUAACCGCCGGGCACCUGCAAAGGUGGAAUAUAAAUCGCCUCUAAAAGCGCUCCAUUGGCUACGAAUAAUUGUCGACGAGGGACAUAAUGUUGCCGGCCACGGCCAGAAAAACAAUAUGAUGCAUAUACUGGAUCAACUACAUAUUGAACGGCGAUGGGUUGUUUCUGGAACACCUUCGACGGGGCUGUACGGUGUCGAAAUCAGUCUUGCUUCUCAGGAAUCACUAACGAGCGACACUGACCAAAUCGACGGCGACAAUGCGACUGCUGCUGCGCUGAAAUCGCGGAAAAAGACAGGAAAUGCCGUGCAAGAGGAGCUGAAAGAUGUCGACAAGCUCAGGCUCAUCGUUGUGGAUUUCCUGAAGCUUAAGCCAUGGUCAAACUCGCGAGGCGAUGAUCCAGCUAGCUGGACUAAAUACAUCAAGCCUGUCGGUGAAGAUGGGAAGAGGAAGAAAGCGCCUUCUCUACGGGCUGUUCUUCAGAGUUUGGUCGUGAGACAUCGACUGGAUGUCAUUAGCGACGAAUUACCCCUUCCUCGGCUAUACAACAAGGUGACUUAUCUUGAGCCUACGUUCUAUGAUAAGUUGUCGAUCAACUUAUUUCUGUUCUCUUUGACCGUGAAUAUUGUCACCUCGGAACGCAGGGACUUGGAUUAUAUGUUUCAUCCAAGAAACAGGAAGCAUCUCAGCCAGCUGAUUAGCAAUCUGCGACAGGCGGGGUUCUGGUGGACUGGUUUUGAGAAGAAAGAUAUCGAAGCCACGCUAGAGACUGCCCUGAAGUAUAUGGAGAAAAAUAGCGAGAAAGUGAGUGCAGAAGACGCCAACACGCUCAAUAAAGGAAUCGAGAUUGCUCGCAAGGCGCUCAGUUGCAAAAGCUGGAAUGCUUUUAGCAAUAUGGAUGAACUGGGAAUCUUUGUCCAAGACUUCCCAGAGCAUGCCAGGGGCAUGUGGGCUCUGGCCGAAUCGGAAAAGGAACCUUUGCUUCUGGGGAUAUCGCAGGCGCGUUUAGCACAGAAAUUUGUCAGUUCUCGCUUGACUGCCCCUGAUCCCGGAGAGGGUCUUGCCGGUGCUGGUAUCCGAGCUCGGCGUGAGAUCUCUGACCGGACAGGGAAGACGAGUGCGUCGGAGCAGAAGAGCUCAAACUCUGCGGACAAACUGAUUCAUAAGUCAAAACCGGAUCAGAAGCAGUCUCCUAAAAAGACAUACUCAAAAGGACUCUAUAAGGCCCUUCCACCAGAGUCCCCGCUUGCUAAGACGAAACUGGUGGGAACGACGUCUGCUAAACUGACAUAUCUUCUUGACCGGGUCUUGGAGCUCCAUAAGACGGAAAAGAUAAUCAUCUUCUACGACAACAACAAUACCGCAUUCUGGAUUGCUGAAGGAUUAGAGGUUUUGGGUAUCGAGUUCCGAAUCUACGCCGGUACGCUCAAGACUAGCCAGAGAACCGCGUAUCUGUCACUCUUCGAUGAAUCUGAGGAGGUUCGUGUUCUCGUCAUGGAUCUACGACAGGCCUCACAUGGCCUCCACAUCGCCAGCGCAUCCCGUGUAUUUAUCGUUAACCCAAUCUGGAGACCCAACGUUGAAAGUCAGGCCAUCAAACGAGCUCAUAGGAUCGGGCAGACGAGACCGGUGUUUGUGGAGACUCUCGUUCUCAAAGAUACCUUGGAAGACAAGAUGCUGAAGCGACGCAAAGAAAUGUCGAACGCAGAACUCCAGCAAGCAGAGAAGGACCUACUCGAUGACAGCACGAUGAGUUAUAUUAUCGAGAAUGAACGGUUCAUAUCGAUGUCUGAGGAUGAGUUAGCAGCCCAGGCUGCAUACCUGCAGAACCCACAGGGCUUCUUCGACCGACACAAGCUCCCUCUCCCCGAUAAUUACAUCCUAGAUACGCAUGACCUAGACCAACCGGACCCGGCCACACCUAGUAAACGGAAACGUUCUCUAGAGUCGGCCAAAAUUUCUAGGAUCAAUUUCGACAUGAGCCCAGAGGCUGAACUGAGUGGAGGGAACCACAAGAGAAAGAAGGCUUCCUCGCUUGAGUUUGCACCCGAGAACGAGUCUGUGAUGACGUCUGGCCCUACAUAUAAAGCGAGGGUAUCAUUGUCCGCCUCUUUCGCUGGUGUUGCUGGCGCGUCUGAUGCCAGUGAACGUGUGGGCGUCGUCCCGAGUUUAUUUGGAGAUGGAAAUCCGUCUCUUCAUAAUCCACCACGAGUAUCGUUUGGCAACGUUACUCCCACGCCUUGAAAUCGGCUUUUCCUAUCUUCGUGCCUUACGUGCUACUGUACACUCAAGGCUUUUGUAAUAUUGUGAAUAUUUUGGGAUGCUUUCAUGUACAGGGAAAUAAUGCGGAGUAUAUUGUUGCGGUUGGGUUGGGUGUUGAUCGGGGAAUAAUAACAGACGAUAUACCCCUGAACCUACUUCAAUAGUUUUAACUCACACCAAAGCCUGGGCUCAUGCUAAACCUUGGGCUAAUACCGGAGGUUCAGCUUUUGCUAGAGUUGGGGCUCAUGCCAAAGGUUGGGUUCACGCCGUAGGUUUAGCGUACACCGAAGUUUUGGCUCAAGCUGGACUUGACCAUUUGAGAUCUGCUAAUCGGCGUAGAGCAUUUCGCCGGCAUGGAGCUUAUUGCAGCCUGUUAGUAAGAUCCCGUAAGCCAGAAUGAGCUGGAUGUAUGAUGAGGUAGGAGGUAGAAGACAGAUUGGAACAUAAGCCAGGAGUUAGGAUCCAAUUUUUAUGACGAU